AUGCUAGGAGCCAUCCUUCUUCUUUUCGUAGUGGUCAGCGGUUUAAGAAGAGGUUUUCUCAGGGACAGAGCUUUGCUCGAGGUGGCAGAUUUUAGGUUGAUAGGAGUCACAAUCGUCAGCGUGACAAGAGACCUACUCCUUCUCAGCCAGCGUAGAGUUCGCAACCAGCUUCUAGUAGAGGCAGUGCUCAGCAGUCGAGCACGACACCAAGUAGAAGAGUGUUCAUUAGGAGAGAUUGCUUCGCAUGUGGACAACCAGGUCACAUUGUUGUUCAUUGUCCUUAGCGUACUUCUCAAAUGUCAGGGUAGCAGAAGCCAGCUACUUUCAAGCCUACAGUUAGAGAUACAGGCAAGUCUCAUCGCAUUUUUGCGGCGGUUGAUAACUGUCAGACUGAGCAUCAAGCCACCGUUGUUGAGACAUCAGAUGAAGAGGUGUGUGCGUAAGGGUUGCCAGUUGUUUGUGGUCAGAGUGAAGGAUGUGGAUGGGGAUGUUAGCUUAGAGGAUUUAUUGCAGCAGCAUCCCAUUCUUCAGGAGUUUGCAGAUGUUUUUCCUAGUGAGAUUCCAGGUAUUCCCCCUCAACGAGAUAUAGAUUUCAGGAUUGAUUUGGUGCCAAGAGCUGAGCCUAUUUAUAAAGCUCCCUAUCGGAUGACCACGCAGGAGUUGGAUGAGUUGAGGGUUCAGUUGGAGGAGUUGUUGGCAAAGGGGUUUAUUCAUCCUAACGUGUCCCCUCGGGUUGAUCCCUCAAAGAUUCGGGCGAUUGUUGAUUGGGUAGCACCCACUAAUGUGGGAGAGUGUGAGAUAGCUUUUCAGAUCCUUAAGGAGCGUUUGACCAAUGCACCUAUUUUAGCAGUACCAGAUCCUUUGGGAAAUUUUGUGGUGUGCACGGAUGCUUCUUUGGAGGGUCGAGGAGAAAUAUUGAUACAGGAUGGCCAUGGUAAGGAGAAUGUGGUAGCGGAUGCAUUAAGUCGCCGGAAGCACGAGAUUUCAUCAAUGUCUCUUAGUGUGGAUUUGAGGAGCCGUAUUCUUAGUGCCCUUUCUUCAGAUGCAGAGCAUCAGCAUCUUGCAGGAUUAUUACAGUCAGAUUUGGUUCCAGGAUGGAAAUGGGACAUUAUAUCUAUGGAUUUUAUAGUUGGAUUGCUCAUGUCUUCAUGCCGUCAUGAUGCUAUUAUGGUCAUUGUAGACAGAUUGACCAAAGUAGCGCACUUUUCUCCGAUCAGGUCUUCGAAUAAAGCAGUGACAAUGGCUCGAGUUUUCUUGGAAGGAGUUGUGAGCUUAUCACUUCGAGAUAGAUGGACAGACGGAGAGGGUGAAACAGGUAUUGGAGGAUAUGUUGAGGAUGAUAUGGAGGACCAGGUGGCUUGCAUUAGAGAGCAUUUGUUGGCCGCAAAGGAUAGGCAGAAGAAAUAUGCAGAUGCUCAUCGAGUGGACAGGCAGUUUUCUGUUGGUAAUAGGCACAAAGAGAUGUCACUUAGAGGUCAGAGCGUAGAGCAGGUAAGGAUCCAGUGGGAUCCAAUUGAUGACUCUUCAGCUACAUGGGAGGAUGCAGUGCGGAUGAGAGAGCUAUAUCCCUAUUUUUUCUCAGGCUUCCAGGUGUAA